AUAUUAAUUGUCUCAAAUUUAUCAAAAUAAAAAUAUACAAUGCUCUUAAAAUACCAAGAUACAUGUAAUAUUUCGCAAAACCGUUCUUUAUAUUUAGUCCCCGAUCGAAUCGCAGCGUGCCGUACGCUCGCUCCCCUGCUUCUUCAGCUACUUCCGACCCACCAACCAGAGAGACAGACAGACAGAGAACAACCAUGUCAACGACCCACGCCGACGCAACGGCGGCGGCCACCGACGUCGUCACCGACGCCAGGGCACCGCCGCCGUCCAAGUCGGACAGCCUGUUCAUGCAGAUCGUCGUCCACCCGGACGGCACGGUCACCCGCCCCUUCGUCCCCACCGUCCCCCCCAGCUCCGAUGCCGACGAGCCAGCCGCCGUGCAGUCCCGCGACGUGCCCCUCGACGCCGCCCUCGGCACCUACCUCCGCCUCUACCUUCCCCCAACAGUCCGCGCCUCCAAGAAGAAGCUCCCGGUCAUCCUCUACCUCCACGGCGGCGGCUUCGUGCUCUUCACCCCGGCGACCGUCUUCUACCACGCCUCCUGCGAAGCCAUGGCCGCCGCCGUCCCCGCCAUCGUCGCCUCCCUCCACUACCGCCUCGCCCCGGACCACCGCCUCCCUGCCGCCUACCACGACGCCGCCGCAGCCCUCCUCUGGCUCCGUCAGAACUCCGCCACCGACCCCUGGAUCUCCGCCCACGCCGACCUCGAAUCCCCCCGCUGCUUCCUCAUGGGCAGCUCCUCCGGCGCCAACAUUGCCUUCCACGCCGCCCUUAAAAGCUCCCCUUCCGCCGUCGUCUUCCCCGUCUCCGGCGUCGUGAUGCACCAGCCGUACCUGGGCGGGGAGACCCGCACGGCGUCGGAGGCGGCGUCCGAGGGCGACGCCAUGCUGCCGCUGGAGGCCAGCGACAAGCUCUGGCGCCUGGCGCUCCCGGACGGCGCCGACCGCGACCACGUGUACAGCAACCCGGCUAAAUCCAUGGCGGCCGAGGACCUCGCGGGGUUCCCGAGGUGUUUGGUGUCCGGGAGCGUCGGCGACCCGCUGAUCGACCGGCAGCGGGCGUUCGCGGCGUGGUUGAGGGGGAGCGGCGCCGUGGAGGUCGUGGAGAAGACGGACGGCAAGGGGUUCCAUGCCGCCGAGCUCUUCGUGCCCGAGGUCGCCGAGGAGCUCUUCGCCGCCGUGCGCGACUUCGUCUAUGGCGAUGGGGAUCAAGCCGCGGAGAUGGUGGUUGUUGGCGAUGAUGAGCCGGCGCCGGUCAGCGUGGGCGGCGCCGCGUUGACUUGAUUGAUGCUGUCGAGUGUCGAGUCCGGGUCUUUGUCAGUGUACAAGUGUAAUCGUAAACAAUGUGUGGGGAAUAAUAACUGCCCGGCCAGGCGCUGGCAUCGUGACGCAGUGGAUUGUAACUGUUUCGAAAACAUAGAUGAAUUCGUGCUGUGCAGGUUCUGCUGUUCCAUGAUCCA